AAGACAUUCCUUUUCCAACAUUCCAGGCGAACUUCACUUCAUUAUCCGUUCCUUGUAUAUAUUACAUCCGGUUCUAUACCUCUUUAUCACUUACCAUUCCACAAUGCGCUUCGCUUCAUACGUCUCGUUGCUUCCCAUCCUGGGUACCAGCGUCUCGGCCUGGGACGCACCGGGUUAUGAUGGUUACCGGCUAGUCUGGGCCGAAACCUUCGCCGGCCCGACCAACUCCCUGCCGAACGAGAACAACUGGAACAUCAUCGAUGGAAACAUCGGCGUCAACAACGAGCUCCAGACGUACAGGCGGGACCCUCGUAACGCCCAAACCAGCGGUGGCAAGACCCUGCAGCUUGUCCCCUGGCAGGACGGUUCAGACUGGACCUCGGGGAGACUCGAGUCCAAGUACACGUUCACGCCGCAGGCAGGCAAGCGGACGAUGGCUGAGGCGCAGAUCCGCUUUGGUGGUAACAACAUCGACACUAAGGCAGGCAUGUGGCCAGCCUUCUGGCUCUUGGGAGACUCGAUCCGGUCGGGAACCGCGUGGCCUGGGUGCGGCGAGCUUGAUAUCAUGGAGACGGUCAACGGGAAGUUGACCGGCUACGGGACGAUUCACUGUGACGUCUAUCCUGGCGGCGUCUGUAACGAGCCCACCGGCCGUGGCGCCACGGCGUCCAUCCCCAACCAGGACUUUCAGCGGUGGCGGAUCGUCUGGGACCGCACCUCCGGCGACUGGCGCUCCCAGUCCAUCACCUGGUUCAUGAACGACAACCAGUUCCACCAGGUCCGCGGAGACCAACUCAACAACGAAGGCGUGUGGGCCAGCCUGACGGCCAAGCCCCUCUUUUUCAUUUUGAAUGUUGCUGUUGGCGGCAACUGGGUGAGUUCACCUAGCCCUGAUUGACUUCCCCGCUGGUGACACACGUACUGAUGUGAUGUUAUGUAGCCCGGCUACCCUAACGACAAGACUCUUGACGG